AUGUGGAGAACAAGCAGCAAAUGGAUUACAACGAUUAGUUACCGGUUACGGCGUCUAGAGAGGCCAAGUGGUAUUACUCUGCCUUCCACAAUGUCACGGCCAUGGUCGGCGCAGGAGUUCUCAAGGACCCGGAGUUGUUGCAAUCACAUUAUCAUAGCUUAUAACGUUCUACUCGUUGUGGCAAAUGGUCAGUUGCACGUAAGCGCUCCCGGGAAACGGUUUGACCGUUAUCCGGAGCUAGUCCAAGAAGCGUUCGGACCAAGACUAGGUUACUGGAUCGUCUUACCACAACAGCUUCUGGUCCAGAUCGCUUCUGACUUAGUUUACAGCGGGGUGGAAGCAACGCCUCUUGUGGGCCACGUGUUGGUUCAGUAUUGGAGGUGUGAUUUUGAGAGAAAAACAAAAGAUGAAGGCGACGAAGAAGACGGUGGAUUCCGCGAGAAAGAGUCUCGGUGCUCUCACCGUGGAAGAAUCUCGUAUGUGGCUUUCGUAACCGAAAAAUCGUCGGAGAGUUUCGUCGACGACCAAUUUCCGUGGCUCUCCUCGACGAAGAACCUCGGUGGCGUUGCUCGUAGAAGAAUCUCGGUGGCUAUGAGCGUCGGAGAAUCUCUGUGGCUCUCCUCGACGGAGGAAAUCGGUGGCUCUCCUUUACAAACAAUCUCUUCGGUUGGCGCCAAGUUAAAUCGAAAGCUCUUCCCUCACAUGGCAAGUAAGAACCACAGAGAUUGAGAAGAAGAAAGAAAGAACCGAUAGUGGUUUGUUUUGGCGAGGAGCAAUGGCGGAGCUGCGUCACUCCAGCUCUUGGAAGCCUUGCACUGAGCGGCGCAUUGGUGGAGUCUCUGGUA